GUGUUAUAUAUGUUUUGGAUAGGAGUCUGUGGUUUCGGAGAAAAUGAGGACGCAAUUUCUCAUCCUUUAAGUUUGUUGUAGACAGUUUGAAAAUGCAGAGGGAUUUGAAAGAUAAGUUAUGGAGUGCUGURUUUGGAGGGCUCAUAUCAAAAGCCAGUUGUACUGCGUUAAUCGUCGAUUAUUCAGUAAAGCCAGCAGAUCCUAAGGACUUGAGAAGAAUAUUUAACAAGUAUGCCACAGUGGAACAAGCAAAUCAUAAAUAUAUGACACCUCAGAACCUCAUCAGGGAUUACUUAGGAAUGCAGAAGAUUGAUGAGUUCAAUGAAACCACGCUGUCUCUACUUGCUGGGGUUGUCGACCAAACUAAAGAUGGGCUCAUUUCCUUCAGUGAGUUUGUGGCCUUUGAGGGACUUCUGCGUGACCCAGAUAGCUAUCACAAAUUAAUUUUUCAGUUAUUUGACUUAGAUGGUAAAGGUUCUGUGUCUUUUGGUGAAUUUGAAACUGUCAUUAAAAAGACCAAGUUUUUUGUGGACAUCCCAUUCAACUUUGAGACUGAAUUUAUUUCUAAUUAUUUUGGAUCAAAAAAAGAAUURUGUGUGGCUUUCCAUGAUUUUUCUCAUCUUCUCCAGGACUUUGAACAAGAGUACCAAAGACAGGCAUUUUUCAAAUCUCAUUCCCAAAACAACGAGAUUCCAGCAACAAAGUUUGCAGAUAUCAUGAAGUCAUUAAGAGGUCACCUGCUUACUCCAUAUGUCCGUGCUUAUUUAUUGACUGUUGGUGGUGGUGAGGCUCGUCACCGAGUUAGCUAUGGAUAUUAUAGAGCUUUCAACAGCAUGCUAGACAACAUUCAGAUACUACAUGAAGUUUCCCUAAAGGUUGCUAAAGGGAAAAGAUUUAAGGAAAUUAAAAAAGAGGAAUUCCUAAGUGCUGUUCUAAAAUCGCAUCCUGAGAUUACUCCUUUGCAAGUUGACAUAUUAUAUCAUCUUUGUGAUGUUGACAGAAGAGGGCGUAUAACAGUAUCAGAYGUCCAUCAUAUAGUACCAAAACAUGACGUCUUUAAAGUAUUUUCAACAGAACGCCAUGAUGAAGAGAUGGUGCAAGAACCAGARGAACAUCAAGUKUCAMUUCUUUGGGCUGGAUUGCAUCAGGUUUAUCGAUUUGCACUUGGAUCAAUUGCUGGAGCAACUGGUGCUACUGCAGUAUACCCUAUUGACUUGGUCAAAACAAGAAUGCAAAAUCAACGUGCUGUACUUGCAGAGGAAAAACUGUACAAGAACAGCUUUGACUGUGCUUUGAAAGUUUUCAGAAAUGAAGGGUUACGAGGAUUUUAUAGAGGUCUUUUGCCUCAGCUUGUUGGAGUAUCCCCAGAAAAAGCCAUCAAACUAACGACCAAUGACAUGGUGCGAGGGUUUUUUAGCGAUAGUGAUGGUUUUAUCAGUCUUCCCUAUGAAAUCAUAGCUGGUGGAUGUGGAGGAGGAGCACAGGUGCUUUUCACUAAUCCUCUAGAGAUUGUCAAAAUUCGCUUACAAGUUGCAGGGGAAGUUGGCCAACGAGUUACUGCCUGGUCAAGCAUCAAGGAACUUGGAUUGACUGGCCUUUAUAAGGGUGCACGUGCAUGUUUUCUGCGUGAUAUUCCAUUCUCCAGUAUUUAUUUCCCAGCAUAUGCUCACUUGAAAUUAUCUCUUGCUGAUGAAAAUGGUCAUAAUGGAGCUGGUAGUUUGUUUGCAUCAGCCAUGAUAGCAGGUGUGCCAGCAGCUUUUCUUGUUACUCCAGCAGACGUUAUUAAAACUAGAUUGCAGGUCAAAGCACGUCGGGGACAACAGACAUAUCGUGGUGUAUUUGAUGCCUUUACUAAAAUCUGGAAAGAAGAAGGUGGCCGUGCCUUUUGGAAGGGUGGUGGUGCACGUGUAAUUCGUUCAUCCCCUCAGUUUGGUGUUACACUAUUGACAUAUGAACUUCUACAAAGGUUGUUUAACGUCAAUUUUGGAGGUUCCACCACCAGUUCUAAAUCAGAUAUGAUACCCACAAACCCUGAUCUCUCUCUAAAUCCUGACCACAUUGGAGGGAUGCGUGUUGCUGUGGCAACGUAUGCUGGCAUUGAGACAAGAUUUGGUCUGUGUCUUCCAAAGUUUCGUACUCCACAGAAAGUGACUUUAAAGAGUGAACAGAAAUGAACAAGAGAACGUGGUAGUUGGUCUGUACUGACCUUAAAGAACUGAUACUCACAAUAUUAAAACAACACUGUCUUCCCAUGUUCACUUUAAAGAGAAGAACACACUUUGUGAAGUCAACAAAAUGUUCUUAUUGCUCUUCAAAUCACUGAACAGGAUAAACUAACACACAGGAAUGGCCAUAGGAAGCCCACAAGUAGAAGACAAAAAUAACCCAAUGCUGGCCCAAGUUGCUAAUUUAGAUUUGUGAUACAAAAACAAUUAUCAAUAUUAAAAUUCAUAUGCAAACUAA